AUGAGGAACAGCCCCCACAGCCCGCCCCACCACCCCAACCCGGGCAACCAGAGGCCCCACAUACCGCCCGUCGCCCCCGUCUCCUCCUCGGCCCUCAACUUCGGCCACCCGCUCUCGGUCGCCGUCUCCUCGGGCGCCCUGCCCCCCACCUUCCCCGCUCACUUCCCACCCCCGCCCAUGGCGGCCACCAAGUCGGACAGCGUGCACAGCGGGGGCGAGAAGAGCAGCGAGUUCGGGUCCGAGGAGGACGAGGAGGAGGACGAGAAGGCAGCACCGGCCCUGCCCCCCCUGCAGGCGGCCCCGCUGGGCAGGCCGCCGGGGAUCCCGGGCAGGAAGCCCCACCACUCGCCCGGGAAGAGGCCGGGGGCAGGGCAGUGGGGCGCCUCCGGCAAUAUACCCCCGAACCUGGGCACCCCGUUCAUCAACCCGACCACGGGGAAGAAGAGGGUGCAGUGCAACGUGUGCCUGAAGACGUUCUGCGACAAGGGCGCGUUGAAGAUCCACUUCAGCGCGGUCCACCUGCGCGAGAUGCACCAGUGCACGGUGAAGGGGUGCAGCAUGAUGUUCAGCUCGAGGAGGUCGAGGAACAGGCACAGCGCGAACCCGAACCCGAAGCUGCACUCGCCCCACCUCAGGCGCAAGAUCUCGCCCCACGACGGCCGCUCCUCCAUGGCCCACGCCCUCGUCCUCCCGCCCCAGGUCGCUCUCCCCGUCCCAGCGACCGGCCUCAACCACCUCCCCUUCGGCUCCUUCCCCCUGCUCACCCCGCCGCCGGACCUCCGCUCGCCUGCCUCCCUCUGCGGCCUCGACUUCAAGCACCUCGACCUGCAGGGCCCGCAGCCGGCCGGGGGAAGGCCGCCCCCGUACGACGACGCCUCCUCGUCCUCCCUCGUCCAGCAGGGGGGGCCAGGGAGGAUGAACCAGCAGCAGGGUGUCGCCCCGACCGCGGUCCCCGCUAGGGGAGCGUCGUACUCGAGCAACAACAGCGCGGCCGACGUGGUGUCGCCCUCGACCCAGGCCACCGGCCCCGCCGACGGCGAGGACGAGGAGGAGGACGAGGACGGGGGGAUCGUGGUGGUGGCCGAGGACGACGCGAGCAGCCUGCCCCCCUCCUCCUCCUCCAGGCUGCUGCCGCCGGCCCUCCGCGAGGAGGAGGAGGAGGAGGAGGAGGAGCAACCGGCCGACUUCAGCCUGGCCAAGAGACCCAAGUUGUACGACGGCUUCGCCGCGGAUCGGGCGAUGGCCGGGGACGAGGACGCGGCAAGCAACGCGGACAGCAACGAGGACAACGAGGACCACCCGGCCACCGUCCGAGCCCACCAACAGCAGAGUUACUCGGUGGUGAGCCACCAUCGGCGCUCCAACGUGAACAGCGGCACCGCCUCGGCGCACAACAGCAGGGGGGUGAGGAAGAGGAAGUCGCAGCACCCGACCAGGUGCGCGGUCCUAACCGAGAUCCACUCCUCGUCCACGGACGGGGACUCGUCGAACGACGAGGAACGCGCGAUGGCGACGAUCCCCUCCUCGGUGGGCGAGUUCCAGAGCCAGCCGGAGGACAUGUCGAUGUCGAGACUCGGCGCCGAGGGGAGGAAACCUUCUUCCUCGCCCAACACCAACACCAACAACAACAACAAUCCGUCGAACGAUCGCGAGUCGUCGAGCUCCUCCCGCUCGCCCGCCUCCCGCAAGCGCGAGAACGACGAGGAGGGGGAGGAGGAGGAGGAGGAGGAGGAAGAGGAGGAGGAAGAGGAGGAGGAGGCGAUGGAGGAUGUGGAGGAGGAGGAGGAGGAGGAGGAGGAGGAUGAGGAGGUGAACGCGGCACUGCGCAAUCAGGAAGGUGAGCGUCCCGAUGAUCCCUCCCCGAGCUCGGUCGACAGCCGUCCGACGACAGGCGACGACACGCUCUCCCACGACUCCUCGACCAACACUUUGCGUCAACUCGAGUCCUUGUCGCAGGGUCGCGCGAUGCAGCGGCGGUACAUCGGGGGGACGAUGCAGCGGGCGGGUUCGAGGUGUGGCCGCGGCUCUACCAGCCCCGUCACCAUCACCGUCACGACCCACCAGGAGACCACCACCAUGGACAAUUCCUCACGUGGCUCUCGUUCAUCCAGCGCCUCACCCUCCACAGCGGCCACGGAUACGGACAAUAGCCUUAUCACGUACGCCCGUUACGAGAACGGGGGCUUCGUCAGCACCCGGGAGGUGCCCCUCGACAGGGAGAACCCGAGGCGGUGCACCGCGUGCGGCAAAGUGUUUCAAAACCAUUUCGGGGUGAAGACCCACUACCAGAACGUGCAUCUCAAGCUGAUGCACAGGUGCAGCGUGGACGGCUGCAACGCUGCCUUCCCCUCAAAGAGAUCUCGCGACAGGCACUCGGCUAACCUCAACCUCCACAGAAAACUCUUGUCCACGUCGUCGGACAGCCCCCCGCCGCCAGCCUACCACCACCCGCCCCCCUCCACCCUCGACGAGGCCCAGAUGACAACGACCACGAUGACCACGAUGACCACGACCACGACCACGAACGCCACCACGCCGCACCUCCUGCACAACGAGUUCCUCGCGAGGUUGUACGCGGACGCGGGGAUCGGCUGCGCCCUCGGCGCCUAUCCCUUGACGCCCGCCCCCCUGCCGUCCGCCGCGGUCGACCUGGCCGCCAGGAUACCACCCCCCCACCCUCUUCUACUGCCGCCUCACUUGGGAGCCACCUUCUCCACGUUCGCCACUCACCUGGCCGGGCUCAACGGCCUCGCCCAUCCGCGCUUCAACCACCAUCACCAUCAUCAUCAUUUCGCCGGGAUGACUCGCGACGAGCAAGCAGGAGGAGGAGGAGGAGGGAACAGGCAUGCUUCCGGCUCGCCGUCCUCCUCCCCGGGUGCCGAGGACCGAGGGAAAGAGGAAGCGAGAUGCACGAUACCCGGCUGCGAGCGGGUGUUCGCCUCGAGAGCCGUGAGAGACGCGCACUCGAAGGACCCGCAGGCCCACCGCGACCUGUCCUUGCUGUCGACCGGCGGCGGCUCGUGACCGAUCCCUUUCCGCGGCUAUUAUCAUCCCCUGCUGUGAUGAAUCGAUAUCGAAGUUCUCGACCGUUUCUUCUUCUUCUUCUUCUUGGGAUUGUUUCGUCCUUUUCGUUCCGAGAAUUUUCGAAAUCUUCCGUGGCUUUCUCUCCCGGAGCCAGGUGAUUCGAAACGAAUCUUGCCAGCGGCGAC